UCUUUCUCCAGGCACCCCGCACAUAAAUCACGGGUGGGAGGCCGGCUUGGUUCCCCCUGCACGGGGAAGCUGCUGCCCCCUCCCUUGCUCACACGGGGUUUUGCAGCAGUGGUGGCAGCUGCCACUGAUUCGGGCACUGGAGAAGCAAUUGAUUCGUCUACUGCCAGCAGCCCGGAGUUGCCUACGCGGACGCAGACAGACGACAGAGAGAAAGAGAAAGAAAGAGGAAGAGGGGGUGGGGGGAGAGGGCUCCAAACGAAAACCAUCAUCCCUGUGGAGGGCAGUCUGAGGGAGCCACUGCCUUUGCCUUGUCCACUGACUGGUCUGAGUUUUCUCUUCUUCUGUCAGUGGCACCUCCAGUGAGCUUUCAAACCAAGUCAUCGGGAGUUAGUAUCUUCCCACCCCAGCAGGGAAGGGAAGAGUUGGCAAGAAUUGGGCUCACCCAUUCCCUCUGCAAUCCUCUGGUGUGGAGGAGCACCAAACUCCCGCCAUGACUGACACCGUAUUCAGCAACAGCUCUAGCCGUUGGAUGUGUCCUAGCGACCGACCACUGCAGUCAAAUGAUAAAGAACAGCUCCAGGCAGGCUGGUCCGUCCAUCCCAGCGGUCAGCCCGACAGACAGAGGAAGCAGGAAGAGCUGACAGAUGAGGAGAAGGAAAUCAUCAACAGAGUCAUUGCUCGAGCUGAGAAAAUGGAAGAGAUGGAGCAGGAGCGAAUUGGGCGCCUGGUGGACCGUCUGGAGAACAUGAGGAAGAAUGUGGCCGGGGAUGGGGUGAACCGCUGCAUCCUGUGUGGAGAACAGUUGGGAAUGCUGGGCUCCGCCUGUGUGGUGUGUGAGGACUGUAAGAAGAAUGUCUGCACCAAGUGCGGGGUGGAGACCUCCAAUAACCGCCCGCAUCCUGUGUGGUUAUGCAAAAUCUGCAUGGAGCAGAGAGAGGUGUGGAAGCGAUCCGGAGCGUGGUUCUUCAAGGGCUUCCCCAAACAGGUCCUCCCACAGCCUAUGCCCAUAAAGAAGACCAAGCCCCAGCAACCCGUCAGUGAACCUGCUGCUCCUGAGCCGGUCACCCCUGAGCCCAAGCAUGCGGCCCGGGCUCCGAGCCGAGGUGACACUGAAGACAGGAGGGGCCCAGGUCAGAAAACAGGUCCUGAACCAGCCUCCGCUCCCGGGCGAGGAAGCUAUGGACCUCCUGUGCGCAGGGCCUCCGAGGCACGCAUGAGCUCAACUAGCCGGGACUCAGAGAGCUGGGACCACAGCCACGGUGGGGCUGCCAGUGACUCCAGCCAGAGCCCAGCAGGUUUGCGGCGGGCCAACUCCGUGCAGGCCUCCAGACCUGCCCCCGCCACCAUGCAGAGCCCCGCACCGCCCCAGGCCGCACAGCCAGGGCCUCCAGGAGGUAGCAAACCCGGACCUGGGCCCACAGGGCGCUUUCCAGAUCAGAGACCAGAGGUAGCUCCCGGUGACUCUGGCUAUGCCGGGGCCACUGCCCUGCCCCGGGAGGAGAGAACGGGGGGAGUUGGGGGCUACUCAGCAGCUGGAGCCAGGGACGACCGAGCGGGCCCCCCUCCGGGCCCCUAUUCCCAAGCCUCUGCUGCUGCCCCCCAGCCUGCCGUGGCCCCUGCCCGCCAGCCCCCACCCCCAGAGGAGGAGGAGGAAGAAGCCAACAGCUACGAUUCGGAUGAAGCAACCACCCUGGGUGCCCUGGAGUUCAGCCUUCUCUAUGACCAGGACAAUAGCUCCCUGCACUGCACCAUCAUAAAAGCCAAAGGACUGAAGCCCAUGGAUUCCAACGGCUUGGCUGAUCCCUACGUGAAGCUGCAUCUCCUGCCGGGAGCCAGCAAGUCCAACAAGCUUCGUACGAAAACUCUGCGAAACACCCGGAACCCUGUCUGGAAUGAGACCCUUGUCUAUCACGGCAUCACAGACGAGGACAUGCAGAGGAAGACGCUCAGGAUCUCUGUCUGUGAUGAGGACAAAUUUGGCCAUAACGAGUUUAUCGGUGAGACCAGAUUUUCACUCAAGAAACUGAAGCCUAACCAGAGGAAGAACUUCAAUAUCUGUCUGGAGCGGGUGAUCCCGAUGAAGCGUGCUGGAACCACUGGGUCAGCCCGAGGCAUGGCCCUUUAUGAGGAAGAGCAGGUGGAACGUAUUGGUGACAUAGAGGAACGUGGCAAGAUCCUGGUGUCUCUCAUGUACAGCACACAGCAGGGAGGCCUCAUUGUGGGCAUCAUACGCUGCGUGCACCUGGCCGCCAUGGACGCCAAUGGCUACUCAGAUCCAUUCGUCAAGCUCUGGCUGAAACCGGACAUGGGAAAGAAAGCCAAACACAAGACUCAAAUAAAGAAGAAGACCUUGAACCCUGAGUUUAAUGAGGAGUUUUUCUAUGACAUCAAACAUAGUGACCUGGCAAAGAAGUCCUUGGACAUCUCGGUCUGGGACUAUGACAUCGGCAAGUCCAACGAUUACAUCGGGGGCUGCCAGCUGGGGAUCUCGGCCAAGGGAGAACGCUUGAAACACUGGUAUGAGUGUCUGAAAAACAAGGACAAGAAGAUUGAGCGCUGGCACCAGCUACAGAAUGAGAACCACGUGUCGAGCGAUUAGGAUGGGCCUCCAGGUCCCCAGCUCCAUGCCCCACCCCGUGCCAGGUCACCCGCCAGCCUGACCCUGCCGCCCUUCGCACUCUGGCCUCUCUUCUCUCUGCCUCCCCCACCUCCCUCCCUCCCCAAGCCUGCCUUUGAGGUGCCCCCGACCUUGGGCACUGCUGCCAAAGACCUUUCUCCUCCGUCUGCGAUGCUGUGGUGCCGGGCCUGACUGCAGCCCCUCUCUGGUCCCUCCAGGAUGGAGCAGGAGGGAGAGGAAGGCGGAGAUUUGUACAAGGAGGCUGGAAUUUAACAACCUUUCUGUCUGGGGAAACUACAAAGGUUCUUCAUCAUUUAGGACUGUUUUUAGAACCUCCUGGCCUUGAACGCACACACACACACACACACACACACACACACACACCCUGCAACCCUGCAUUUCCUGGGUCGUGUCUGUGUAUACCCUCAGCUGGUCAGCAGACUAGAACCAGGCUGCGAGGGCCAGCACUGGGGCAAAGAUAGAACCUCCAGGCCUCUGCUGCCCCUCCACGCCACACGCCCCGAUUGCCAGGAAGACAGACCACCGAGCUUAAACUCCCCGGUGACUAGGAACAGACUCUCCUGGCCCCAAAUGCAUCCAGAAAUGGACACGCAGAACACACAAAGGGGCUUAGUAGCCUCCUCUUUCAGGAUGCCCCCUCUGUUUGCUUCCUAGCAGAACCCAACACCCUUUCUCUAGUGCCCC